UGACAGUUGCCGUCCGCGCAUGCGCAGAGCUCCUUCCUUUCUGGCAGCAACAACAACAGUCGGCGCAGAUCGGCGGCUCCUCUUCACUCCCAGCGGCAGCAUCACCGUUGUCCUCGCCGGCUCCGGCGGUGGCAGAGAGGAUGGUCCAGCGGGAAAGCCACCGAGGCUGCGAGUGACAGCGAUAAGGACGAUGGCCCUCGACGUUCGCCAGUUCCCGAGUGUACGACCAGUGACCGAGUGAGACGACCGUGUGAGUAAAACGGUGAUUUCGGUGUUGUCCCCACCGGAGGUAGUUGAGGCUAACGCGACGCGCUAACCUGACACAGGCGGUGCUGCUAGCUUCGGCACCCGCAGGAAGGUGUGCUUCUCCGGGGUGGGAACGUUCCCCCACGGGCGCACAGGAGAAGCGGCGGCAACACCCGAGUUGAAGCGCUUUUUUUCCUGGUGGGCAGCGCUUCGCCCAGCGGUGGCUGUCCAGCUGGUUUGCUCAUUCACUGGCGCUGACAGUAUGUGUUGAACAAAGGAGCUUUAACCCGAGGGGCCGCAUGGACACAAACACACAGAGAAGUCGGCUGCUGUUUGUUUUUUGCUCCAUUUCACGCUGACACACUUCUACGGGGAGAACCACACGAGGUCUGACCUGGAUGCUGAGCCCACACACGGUGACCCAGCUAAUUAAAUGCAGGGGGCAGGAUAACGCUGAACCAUGUUGCUCUAAGUUGUCACCUGUGGUGAACGGGGGAGGAGGAAGAGGAGGAGGAGGGAGACGUAGGCAGGCAGGCAAGCAGGCAGACGGGCAUCUGCCACAGCUCCCUUUCAGGCGGCCUUUCGCAAGCUUGAAGCCAUGGGCAACACAGCCACCAAGUUCCGCAAGGCCCUGGUGGGUGGCGACGAGGCCCUGGCCUGGCAGCUGUAUGAGGGCAACCCUCAGUUCAGGGAUGGCCUGGACCCAAACGCAUCGUAUGGAGAGCAGUACCAGCACAACACGGCGCUGCACUAUGUCUGCCGCCACGCCAUGACACGUCUGCUCAGGUCGUUCCUGUUCAGCAAAGAGGGGAACCCCAACAAGCGCAACGUGCACAAUGAGACGUGCCUCCAUGUGUUGUGCCAAGGGCCGCAGAUCCUACUGCUGCCAGAGGGCGCGCUGUCACCACGACUGGCCCGGCCACAGAGGGACGAGCAGCGCCGUGCAGACUGCUUGCAGAUGAUCCUCAGCUGGACCGGAGCCAGGCUGGAGGGAGGCCAGUACGAGAAAGCUAACGUCAAUGCCACCGACAACCACCACAGCACCUGUCUGCACUACGCAUCUGCUGCAGGCAUGAAGAGCUGUGUGGAGCUGCUAAUCCAGAGUGAGGCAGACCUUUUUGUCGAGGACGAGGACAAGCUGACGCCGUGUGACCACGCAGAGCGGCAUCACCACACUGAGCUGGCCCUCAGCCUGGAGUCGCAGAUGGUUUUUUCCUCCUCUACAUCUCAGCAGUCAAACACAGAUGCACAUGGUGAAACCAACCUGCUGCAAUUCAAGGAGCCUUACGAGGGACUCAAGCUUCAGGACCUGCGCAGGCUGAAGGACAUGCUUAUCGUGGAAACGGCAGACAUGCUGCAAGCCCCCCUCUUCACCGCCGAGGCCCUGCUCCGAGCACAUGACUGGGACAGAGAAAAGCUUCUGGAGGCCUGGAUGUCAGACGCCGAGGGCUGCUGUCAGCGCUCUGGUGUGGCCAUGCCCACCCCACCGCCAAGCGGCUACAACGCCUGGGACACCCUGCCCUCACCCCGCACCCCUAGGACCCCGCGCUCGCCCCUCACGCUCACCUUGACUUCUCCCACCGACAGCUGCCUCACACCUGGGGAGGAAGGACUGGCUACGUGUGGAAUCUGUCUCUGCUCUAUCUCAGUCUUUGAGGACCCAGUGGACAUGUCCUGUGGACAUGAGUUCUGCAGAGCCUGCUGGGAGGGGUUCCUUAACGUUAAGAUUCAGGAGGGUGAUGCACACAAUAUUUUCUGCCCGGCGUACGAGUGUUACCAGUUGGUGCCCGUGCAUGUGAUAGAGAGUGUGGUUUCCAGAGAGAUGGACCAGCGGUACCUACAGUUCGACAUCAAGGCAUUUGUGGAGAACAAUCCUGCCAUCCGCUGGUGUCCUGCAGCGCGUUGUGAGCGAGCAGUGAGGCUCACCCGGCCGGGCCCCGGGGACAGUGACCCUCACAGCUUCCCCCUACUUCCCUCCCCAGCUGUCGAUUGUGGCAAGGGUCACCUCUUCUGCUGGGAGUGCCUUGGCGAGGCCCACGAGCCAUGUGACUGUCACAUGUGGAGGAACUGGCUCCAGAAAGUCACAGAGAUGAAGCCCGAGGAGUUGGCAGGUGUGAGCGAGGCCUAUGAGGAUGCUGCAAACUGUCUGUGGCUGUUGACCAACUCCAAACCCUGUGCCAACUGCAAGUCGCCCAUUCAGAAGAAUGAGGGCUGCAAUCAUAUGCAGUGUGCCAAGUGUAAGUAUGAUUUCUGUUGGAUCUGUCUGGAGGAGUGGAAGAAGCACAGCUCGUCAACAGGAGGCUACUAUCGCUGCACUCGCUAUGAAGUCAUCCAAAAUCUAGAGGAUCAGUCCAAGGAGAUGACUGUUGAGGCAGAAAAGAAGCACAAAAGUUUUCAGGAGCUUGACCGUUUCAUGCACUAUUACACUCGCUUCAAGAACCAUGAACACAGUUAUAAGUUGGAACAGAAGCUGUUGAAAACGGCUAAAGAGAAGAUGGAGCAGCUGAGCAGAGCCUUCAUUUGCCGUGAAGGCACUCCUCCAGACACGCGGUUCAUCGAGGACGGUGUGUGCGAGCUGCUGAAGACACGCCGCGUGCUGAAGUGCUCUUAUCCAUACGGCUUCUUUCUGCAGCCGGGCAGCACCCAGAAAGAGAUAUUUGAGCUCAUGCAGACUGAUCUGGAGAUGGUGGUGGAGGAUCUGGCGCAGAAGGUGAACCGGCCGUACCUCAGGACACCGUGCCACAAGAUAAUCAGUGCAGCCCGGCUGGUCCAGCAGAAGAGGCAGGAAUUCCUGGCAUCUGUGGCCCGUGGCGUGGCCCCCAACGACUCUCCUGAGCUUCCCCGCAGGAACUACCCUGGAGGAUCAUGGGACUGGGAAUACCUGGGCUUUGCCUCUCCUGAGAUGGGGAGUCGUCACUCUGUGCUGGGAGCGGAUCCAAGAGAGAGACAGUCACAGGAUUAUGCUGACAUUCAGUACCGUCGUAGACACAGGCCGCGGCGCAGAGGAGACAUGCUGAGUCUGCACAACCUCAGAAGCAACAGUAACACACCAGAGACCAGCAGGAGAAGUGACAACACAGAAGCUCCAGAGAGGAGCGAGGGACGUAGGAGAGUGCUGGGCUCGCUGGAUGAAGACGACCCGAACAUCCUGCUGGCCAUCCAGCUGUCGCUGCAGGAUUCCCGCAGAGAGCGAGGCCUGGAGGGAGCGCUGGACGGGCGGCCGGAGCUGGAGCGUGCCCUGGACAGAGGACAGGAGAGGAGGUCGGGUCCAGUGGGAGACCUGGGAGAGGUUGCGUUGCACUCCCUCAACACCGAUGGUCUUAUAGGAGCCAGACGGUCAUCCUUCCCUGCCUCUCUCCUUGAUCCUCCUCGACCCCCACACAGGACAGACUCCACCUCCCAGGCUCCCACCUCCAUCCCCCUCCCGCCCCCGCCUCCUUCUCUCUGUGCAGAGCUGCUGGAGUUGGGAGACAGCCUUAUGAAACUGGGGAACAUAAACACUCCUUACACGCAGGAACAGCUCUGCUCGCACCACACAUACAACCACAGCUCUCUCACUGCUCCUUAUGCCGCUGAACCUGCUCACAGCGACUGCAGCCAUAGACAAGACCAUAUCACCAUCACAAAUCCUCGUUAUGACGGCAAAGAUCAGAGUUACUGCCACUCCAGUGCUUAUUUGGCUGACACUGAACAGACUGCCUCCUGCGCACUAGAUCACAUACAAAUCCCCACACAAAACCCCGCCCUCCCUUGUGCAUAUAACCGGGAACGCGCAGAUACCAACGACAGCACCCCGAAACCAGACAGCUCUUACCACCCCUGCCCGGAACACAGUAGCUCUUACACUCAGGAGCGGCCCGCUGCCUACGUUCUUGAGCGUCCAUCCAAAACAGAACCCCAUGACACUGUCCAGUUGUGCCUCCCGUCUCCAGAGCUUGAGCCGGAGCUGCUGCUUUCACCAGUGAUCCCCCCGGGGGGCCCUUUCACGCCCAGUGAUCCUCAGAGUCUGGAGGCCCUGGACCCCACAGCCAGUGCCCAGCUGCUGGACAACAUCAUGGCCUGGUUCAACAACAACAUCAACCCGCAGAACAACCCCCAGAGCCUGGCCCUCAUCCCCUCCCCGCCCACCACAGAGACUGAGUCCUCCCCUGACACACACACUGAGACUGAGAGCCAGACUUCCAGGGGCGUGACCCCGGCCCCGAUCUGGCAGCCCCUGGAGGGCGAGCCAGAAGCGGACGGAGAGUCAGUGAGUCCAUUUUUAGGUGGUGUCGGGGCGGAGGCCCCGAAGGCAAUGAGGCCCAGCACUCUAGAGCUGGAACACAGGGAGGCUGGGAUGGAGGGUGUGCAUGAAGGGUGUGUGGCGGACCUGUCGCUGGACGAAGCGCACACACACCCAUGCUCACACUCCCAACAUGGAACCAGCCCCGCACACACUGCCCCGGCCACGGAGACAGACUUAGAUCUCGUUCUUCAGCUGGAGGUGGACCAAUCACCUGAGGAGUGGGAGGAGCAAGUGCACCUGGUGUGACGGAGUAGAAAGAAAGUUGAAUUAAAUAGAAUAAGAUAGAGAUGAGAGAGUGAUGAAGGGGAAAGAGGAAAGAAAAGCAUCAUUGAGAGCGAAGCACUGAUGGAAAAACACAUUGGUCAGGGAGGCCGUACUGAAAGAUGUUGGUCUUAGCAGGUUGAGUGUUUACUGUAUGUAAUAUACUGUAUCUAGAGAGGAUAUGAAGCCCUGCAGACUCUGUCCAGUAAAGAUGAUGUCAUACGCAAUUUGAUCUAGAAUUAUUAUUAUUUUUUAAGUACUUUUGUCUGUUUUGAAAACAGACAAAUUAUUCUUUGAAACCGAGUGUUUAAAACCGACUACGUCAAUGGAGAGCUACUGAUAUCACACAUAAGACAUAAAAUGCUGCACAUGUUUUUUUUAUAUUCUUAUUUUUAUUUAUUCCCCACCAACUGUAUUUGUCUCGUCAGUUUGUUAAGGGUGAAGUCUUGGUGCUGCUGAAAAUCCAAACUUGCCUUGUUAACACACACACUUCAUUCACAAACACAAACACACACACACUGACCCGAACCACAAGCUUUUUCAUAGCCCCAAGAGCCAAAACACAGUGACACCUGUAACCUUGGAGCUUGUUAGCGUACUGUACAAUCAGAGGGGCCUAAUUCAGAGUUUUGGACCUUCACGCACACUGUGCCUGCUUUACGAGAGCCAACACACUACUGAUCUUUGCUGUUCGGGAGGCCUCGCACUAACCACGAUACGCCCGUCUGCUCGGUGAACUUCACUCUGGCGCGACAGGCUUCAUCGGUAUGUUGUGAUGGUAUCAGUUCUUUUGUUAUACUCAAGAUGAUCACAGAGGUUGAAUUGUCUUGUCCCUCUGCACUGCAGGGUCAGGGGUCGCUCUGGGAAACCGCAGCAUCAUGGGUGCUUGUUUCCAGGGGGGAUUAAUCGCCUUUAUUUUCCUGCUCGGUGCAACAUCCUGCUUCUCGUUCCACAAACUUCUGUCUUUAACAGAGAGGAGCUUUCAUCCAUAUGAAUAUUUCAGUAUUUUAGCUGCUUUGGCUCAGUUUUCAAAAGACAAAAUGCUUUGUGGGUACACAAUGAAAAGACGCUCAUCAGGGUUGCACUUUAAAAUAAAACUGUCACUAAUUUUGGAACUAUGAACUUUCUUAAAAAAUAUGUCAGAAUAAUUACAUCAAAAAAAUGUAUCUAUUAAACAAUUCUGUAUAGCUGUUAAUACAUAUAAAGAAGUCUGGAGUCAGACUUAACACAACAGUUAACUGCAUUCGUAUAAUUUGUUUAAUUUACACCAGAAUGUUUCCAAACUCCUCGCUUUUCCUGUGAAGCGUCACAUUAACCCACAAUGUGUUCAAGGUUAGAAUGUAUGAGUUAGCUUUCACAUUGAAUCUGAGCUUAAGCUGCUGAAAUACCGUAAAUAACAAUACUUCAAGUGUUUCUAACUGCAGACGUUUGCUGUUUCUCGCAUAUCUCUCCCACCACUGAUGGCUAGUAGAGUGCUGUUGUUAAUGGGCAGAUCUUUUGGGAUUUUACUGUAAUUUAUCCAUUUUUAUUCCUUAUAACGGAGAUGAAAUCUCUUUCAGUUGAGACCAGAGUCUUUGGGUCCGUGUGCCUUUUCGGUUGUUAAUCUUAUUUGUUUUAUUUGUCUGUAUUUAUUCGUGUCAUUACUUUUUGAAAGGAGUUUCUAAUGAAGGUAAAUGGAGGUCACACCACUCUGGCUGUUGCCACAAAUACACUGAGGUUCUUGAUGCACAUUAGUAUUGUUUGUCCUUUGCGCCCUGAUUGAUCUGACUCGACUUCAUCCCCAGAGAGAACAGGUUCAUGUUUCGACCAAUUUAUUUAUUGAGGAAUGUUUUUGAGGCUAUAUUAAUGAAGUCAUUGCUUAAUUAUUCACCUUUUUGAGUUUCAACGAUAAUUAACAACCACUUUAUCUGAAUGUUGCCAGUCGCCCUCUGAUUACUUCUUCAAACGUGAUGUAGGACUCUGACUCCUGGCUGAUCAUUCAGAUGUUAUCUUUAAACAUUAUCGCCCCAAAUUGACGUUUACAAGAGAAUUGAACACUGCCUUUUGUGUUGAGAUAUGAUAUGGUGCUUUUGGGACUGGGAUAGUAAUAUUAAUGGAGUGUUUUUAAUUAUAAUCCAAGUGGCAUGAAAAAGAAAAAGAAAAUCCUGUCCAAGAGGAAGGAAAUCUGACUUUGGUUGAAAUUCCUCGCUCUACGUUACCCAGACAGACGUGACAUGCAAUCCUGGAUGUGUCACUUAUGUGCUUGAGGCUUAUUUUUAAGUGAAAUCCUCUACAGCGAAGAAUGUUCUUCGCUCUGUGUGGAACAUUAAGCUGUGAAGGUGCUGGAACAGGGCGUAGGUUCUGAUUGAGACGUUUCAUGAAGCCUCCGACGUUUCACUGCUCGAUCAACGGGACUGAUUUUGGGUUGCAUGGUGCUACGGAGGGAGCAGAGAGUCUGGGGUCUUUUUGAUUUGCACACGCAUGCUGUUGAUGCGUUGCACUAAUCCAGUGCUGACAGGCAAGAUGUGGAGAACUGAUGAGUGAUGCUUUUAUUAUUAUUAUAUUCUUUUGUUUUUUCCUUUUCUUAUUCGAAUUGGAUUGAUGGCAUGAGGGGAAUGGUCCUGUGCCAUUUGGUAAUCCAUAUAUAAUUUGUCUAUUUUAAUGGUCCAUUAAUGAACAACAUCAGACUUCAACAAUGAAAUAAAAUGAAAUUUGCACUCAUUGAUAAUACUUGAUACAUUCCCAGUCGGUCCAUGAGAGCGGUUUGAUGUGUGGCCAAAAACUGUAAAUGAAAGUGUCAGUGCAAAGUUAACUCUCAAUAAAAAAAGAACUGAAAGUG